AUGCUUUCUUUCUAUCAUGGGGCUUCAACGCGUCUCUUGGCCUCUGGCUUUGAGCACGCCGUUCUGUUCUCCUUUUACAAGUGGACCCUGCGCGAGGUGGGUGCGGAUGAAUAUCAUCCGCUUGCCUGGCAGAUUCUUCUUGGCGGCGUGGGUGGUGGUGUGGCUUCAACGGUCUUCUUGACACCACUGGAGCUGGUUAAGUGUCACCUGCAGGUGGCGAAUAUGCUGCCGCCGAGCCAGCGUGAGUUCCGUGGCGUCACGCACUGCGCGGUUAAAAUUGCACGUCGGGGAGGGGUGAAGACGCUCUACAAGGGCGGUGCUGCGAUGCUGGCCCGCGAGGUGCCGGGCGCGGCGGCCUACUGCGGCACGUACGACAAGGUGAAGGAGCUACUGACGCCGCCAGGAGGCUCAACCGCGGAGUUGUCGCCAUGUCGGCUCAUGUUUGCUGGGGGCUGCAGCGGGGUGGCGUUCUGGACCGUCUUUUUCCCUGCAGACGUUGUCAAGACUCGUGUGCAGUUAGACCCCUGCUUUUCUCACUACAGUUUUGGAAAGGCGCUGCGCGUGCUGUACGCGGAAGGAGGCUUGCAAGCCUUGUAUUGUGGUUGGUCUCUCACCGCGCUUCGCUCGUUUCCGUCCAAUGCGGCAAUAUUUUUGACGUAUGAUCUUAGCAUGCGCGCCUUUCGGGCAUGA